AUGGAGUUGGGGCCAGAGAGGAAGGACGACGAGGGUGCAGGUGCACGGGCGUCGCCAUCGGCGUCGUCCCCGAGCUGCGAGGCCGACGACAACAAGGAUCUGCCGAAGCAGCAGCAGCGCGCCAUCGGCGGCGGUGGCGGCGAUGACGACGAGGGAACAAGGCAGCCGUACAAGUGCACCUUCUGCAGGAGGGGGUUCCCGACGGCGCAGGCGCUCGGCGGCCACAUGAACGUCCACCGUCGGCACAGGGGCAGACCAGCAGCAGUGUCCGCCGGCGCCGCCAGUGUCUACGACUACGACCAGCAGCCAUGCUCGACGAUGACGACGUCGACGACGCCCGUUCUGGCGUUCGCCCAACAGGCUACGACGACGACUCGGCCGGCGGCCGGCGCGUUGCACGCCCAACGGAAGCCGCACGAGCUGCUGCCUCUGUUCGGCCGCGGUGACUGCUGUUCUGCCGGCCGUGGCAGUGGCGCGGCCGCCGGAGAUGUACGAGAAGAUGGCUACUUCGCCAUCGCCGAGGAAGGGGAUGGAGGGGAGGAGCUGGACUUGGAGCUCAGGCUUGGAAGUGCAGGAUCAUGA